CAAUGUCGGUAAUUUUAGUGAGAAAUGUAAAGCUGCACCGCUUUUUAUCAGCGGUUUUACCGCGGGUGAGCAACAUUGCCUUCUACGUUGCUUUGUUUCUAGUACCUUUUUUACCAUUUCUGAGUGAGAAGGCUGAGGUUAUAGAGCAAUCGUAUUUACAUGGUUAUACUCCUGAUUCUAUGACCACUGCUGGGCGUUAUUUUAUGUUAGACACUUUAUCUACGUUAUCUGCAUCUUGUUUGGAACCUUCUAUGCGUGAGAAUGUUGAGACAAAGGACCUUCCACCAUUUUCUCACUGGUAUUCAGAUCUUCCUGUCAAUGCCCCUCCUAUCUAUCGCACUGUCAGUGAUAUAGUUAACUCUGGUAUACCGCGGGCGGAAUUACUCUACAAUGAUUUUAGAUACGUUUUCGGGAGUGGCAUUGGAGUGACUGGCAGCUCAUUAUUAAUUCGUUUGAAAUGCGCGCGAUGCUCCACUAGGGGUGCCUCUUUAGUCGUUGUCAAUGUUGACUCCGGUUCUAAAAGUGCAUUUUCAGUUGAUGACUAUGGUAACAUAAUACCAAAUGCGUCCCUGGAAUCCAAAUGCAGUUCGUCCAUUAUAGGCCUUGCAGUGGCCUUGUCGGCACUGAGAAGCUUUUCAUUUUUAGAGACUCAGCAGCAGGACACGCUAGUACUUAUUACUGAACGUAACUUGCCAUAUUCAGCUGGUACACGCCAGUUUCUCGAUGAUUACUUUGGUAAUCCUGGAUUCCCAUAUCACAGUGGCUGGCUUCAUCAGGCCAUGGCACUGGAUCUUGGUUAUGGCCGGUGUGGUAGUUACGAGUUGAAUUACGAGGGCAUUGAUGGCUACACACCUAAUUUAGACGUUAUCACGGCAUUCCUGUCUACGGCGGAAUUCCUUGAGUUCGAUGCAUCGCCCACAGGGAUGCUGACUAGGAUAGGAAGGAUGUCUGUAAAUUCCAAGCCACACCUUCCACACGUUGCGAUGUUACUGCGUAACAUUUCAUCAUUCACGUUAACCUGCGCCAGGCCCGCUGGUCCCAGGGAAGAUGGCAAUAUAGAGAAGCUGCUAAGUGCAGUACUGAUUACCAUGCGGUUGCAGAACAAUCUGGAUACUGUAUUGGAGCGCAAUGCGAAUUACUAUCAGUUGACAUCUCGUGAAACAUACGUCCCAGCUUCUGUCUAUUUCCUGAUAAUACCUGCACUUCUGCUUGGUCCUACCACUGAGGUACUAUACUCGAGCUAUUUAUGGGACUUUCAUACACUGAUAGCGGCUAUUUCGUUGUUUAUUUUGAACGCAGGUAUGGGGUCUUGGCUGUUUUACCAUCGGUUGGUUCUGGCUGGAAAUAUACCCUUUGGCACUGAGAAAUCAGCGGGUGUAUUACAGGUACGCAUAGCGCUUGUAGUACUCUGUGCUUCAUGUUUAUUCACGCUAGUGUUUAACGUAUAUAUGGUACGUUUAUUACCUUGGCGCUUCUCCUCGAGAGAUUACAAUGGAAGCUCUGUAUUGAUUCGCCAGGAGUUAUUGCGAAAAUUGGGAUACCCUGACAAUCGAUCCACGAUAUUAUCUCGUUUGUUUGAGAAGUUAAAUGUCUAUUAUAUGGCGGUUGUUAAUGUAGUCAAUAGCGCUUCGACGCGCAUUGCUCCUACUACGUCUAUCAAGGCGCUGAUUAAAAGCGGAAAACGACGCUUAUUGAUGAAAAUCUAUUCCUUAAAGAGAAAAUUGAGAUUUUCGCGUUCCGGGCACUCUCCAUCUUCCGAGCCGCCUAUAUCGGAUACUCAGCGUGCUGAGGUACUACACAAUGACGAUCAGCAAUCAGCAAUUGAUUUAAAGAAAGAAUCGCAACGCCAACUGGAUGCCAUGGGUGGUACCAAUUUGGUUUGUCCUACUAGCACUGGACUUCCACCACCUGUCUAUAUUCUGGGACUGGGUACAUUAUUCUUCUGUUCAGUAUUCCUGUACUGUUUAAUGGUUUUCCACUGGCCAUUGGCAAUAGUUUUGUUGUUACUAUUUAUUCCGUACUUACGCCGGGUACGCGUUUGUACUAACACACUUCACAGGUGCUGUGUAGACUUUAUCGUCUGUGGGAUAUACAUCCUCUUUAUUCUUCUGCUUGGCACAAGUCGCAACUUGCUGACUCCGGACAACAAGCGUGUUCUCGAUGCUGCUUUGGCGAAUGGGCCACUCAGCUCACUGCACUUCAUUGUGUAUCCUUUGUAUAACCUCUUUAUCUACUUACGGGGCUUUUCUAUCGCAGACCUUAUAGACACUUUAAGAAGUCCUUUUAUUUCGUUGAAGAUUCUUGAGCUCGCUCGGCAGCACGUGCUUCUGGGCUCGAGCACGCUCCCACUGGUGUGUCUUUGUGCAGUGCCUGUGGUAAUUCACCUCAGUUUGAUUUACACCUUUGAACUCCUAGACACAUACCUACAAAUACCAUAGUUUG